UGGGCGUGUCCUUUUGUGUGUAUCCGGUGGAGCGCGGCCUGUUGCCAUGGCAGCGCGGUGGCUGACUGGGGUCUGAAGAUGGAGGAUGUGCUGGAGCUGGGAGACCAUCCGAACCGGAGAUCGGGGGUGCGGAUGGGUCGUCGGGCGCGAGCCCCGCAAGACGCUGCGCAGGAGGAGGAGGUGGCGGCCCGGAGGCAGCCCGGAGGAGAGGGUCGCCCCCGGCCCCUGCGGCAGGGCGGAUGGGCAGAUGACUCGUCUGGCUCAUUAAAGUCGGGAAAGCGAGGGACGGAACACGUGGAAGACACCCGUUUGAAGCAGCAGUCCCUGGAGGAGUCCGAUGAGGGCGGAGAUAUCCCGGUAAUUCCAGACCUCGAGGACAUGCAGGAGGAGGACUUGGCCCUUCAGGUCGCGGCGCCCCCCAGCGUGCAGGUGAACAGGGUGAUGACCUACAUGGAUCUGGACAAAGACCUAAUGAGACAUGCGGCCUUCCAGACCUUGGAUGGGGAUAUUGACCUGAAGCUUCUCACCAAAGUCUUAUCUCCAGAACCAGAAGUGAGAGAGGAUGAUGUUCACUGGGACUGGGAUUUGCUCUUCACGGAGAUGUCGUCGGAGUUGGUGACGGAGUGGGACGUGGGGAGGGUGGAAAAGGAUGAUGCCCUGAGACAGAGCCCAGCGGUCAGCUGAUUCCCGGCACCGGAUCGCAGCCCUUUGUACAGACCAAAUAAAGCUUGUUUCCUUCUCAUAA